AUGAGUAGCACUGAUACAAAGAGCAUCACCCAAAUCUAUAUCUUUGCACUGAAAACUGGUUCAUGGAGGUGUUAUGAAGAAUCUUGGAGAAUUGAAAGCAAAGAAUUCGGUAAAAUGGGCGGACAGGGGUGCUUAUCAAAUGGUGCACUGCAUUGGAUUGAACUUGUGUUUGACUCUAGAAGAUGCCUAGAUGGUUCAAGAUCGAGGAUUGUAGCUUUUGUUUUAGCUGAGGAGCAAUUUCGAGAGAUGGCGUCGUUAUCAUCUUUUAUAGACAAAGAGUACUUGGACAAGAUUCCUGCAAGCGGUUCAUUUCCUUCAAAGUUCUAUAUUGGAAUUGGGAUUACUAAUGAAAAUGGUCUCAUUGUAUAUUCUUACAAGCGCAGGUAUCGAUACACCGGUUAUAUUCCCAGGUACGCCAAUGAUUCUACACUUACAGUAUGGGUGAUGAAGGAAUAUGGGAUUGAGAAAUCUUGGACUAAAUUCAUACACAUUCCUAUGAAGUUUUUGGUGCCUCGAGGGUAUGAUGAAUAUUUAGUUAGAGAGUAUCGCUAUACAGAAAUUGACAUGAGCGAUUACCUGUUUCCCGUACAUAUUUUAGAAGAUGGUAAAGUUUUGAUGAGUUGUGAUGAUAAGAAGUUGGUGUUAUACAAUCCAGAAGAGAAGGCAAAAAGGACUGUUCUUGAGACUAGUCUGUCAUCUUAUGCAGUCGUCUAUGUGGAGACUUUAAUUUCACCAAGACCUGGAAGGGGUGCAGACAUCUCAAGGAAGGAGAGGAAGAAGGAAGAAGCAUAA